AUGGGCGUCCACGUGAAGAAGCGGCAUCUCAACGGUGCCUUGGCCUUCCAGAGCACGCCGUCAUGCGAUGCGCUCCGGACACGCAACGCAACGCCAAGGCUGCUGCGUGGGAGGCCCAUCCCGAUCGAAUACCCGUCGCGCUCAUCAUCGCCUCGCCGCCAGGCCCAACAAAACGGGACCCGACCCGCCUCGCACCCAGCGAGACCCACCGAGCCGAACCACCCGACUACCCGGGCGACCGAGACAACUCGCCGAUACAUCACACAGCAAGCCAAGCGUGGCGUCGCACGAGCCGGGACGCGAAUGAGCGAGGGCGCCGCGGCGGCGGCUGCGCGGGUGGCGGCGGAGGAGGAUGGGGCGGCGAGGGCGGGGCGGGCGUGGGCGUUCAGGCGGGAUCUGGCGGCGGGGGCGCUGAUGGGGGGCGCGGUGCACACCGUGGUGGCCCCCAUCGAGCGGGUCAAGCUGCUGCUGCAGACGCAGGACGGCAACGCCGCGCUGCUCGGCAGGUCGCGCCGCUUCCGGGGCUUCGCCGACUGCGUCGCCCGCACCGUGCGGGACGAGGGCGUGCUCUCGCUCUGGCGCGGCAACGGCACCGCCGUCAUCCGCUACUACCCCUCCGUCGCCCUCAACUUCUCCCUCAAGGACCUGUACAGGAGCAUACUGAAAGACGCAGGAACCUCAGCAGACAAUAAGUUCGCAUCAAUUGCUCUCACCAACUUCAUCGCUGGUGCCGCCGCCGGAUGCACGACUCUGGUCAUCAUUUACCCACUCGACAUAGCUCAUACCCGCCUUGCAGCCGACAUUGGCCAAACAGAUGCCCGUCAGUUCAAGGGCAUCCGGCACUUCAUCCAAACCAUCUACAAGAAGAACGGCAUCCGCGGCAUCUACAGAGGGCUACCAGCAUCUCUCCACGGGAUGGUCGUCCACCGGGGCCUCUACUUCGGAGGCUUCGACACCGCGAAGGACAUGCUGGUGCCGCUGGACUCCCCACUGUGGCAGCGGUGGGUGGCGGCGCAGGCGGUAACCUCCACGGCAGGGCUCAUCUCGUACCCGCUGGACACGGUGCGGCGGAGGAUGAUGAUGCAGUCAGGGAUGGAGGCGCAGAUGUACAGCGGCACCCUGGACUGCUGGCGCAAGAUCUACAGAGCGGAGGGGGUCAGGUCGUUCUACCGGGGCGCGCUGUCUAACAUGUUCCGGAGCACCGGCGCGGCUGCCAUACUCGUGCUGUACGACGAGGUGAAGAAGUUCAUGAACGGGGGUAGGUUGUGAUAGGUAUAGAGGAAGUGUGUGGUUCUCCACAGAUUUUGGGGUUCCGGCAUGGAGAUUAGACACGACCAGACGGUACACGGAGCAGCAGCGGCGGCGGCUCGAAUCAAGCGUUUUGUUUGUACUCCCUCCGUUCCGAAUUACCUGUCGCACGUAUGGAUGUAUCUAGAUGUAUUUUAGUUUUAGAUACAUCUAUUUCAGCGACGAGUAAUUUGAAAUGGAGGGAGUAGUAGGCGAGUACUGGUUUCCUGCUGUUCGCCACUAACCAAACCAACCAACCAGUAGCAAGGGCUUCAUGGUAUCAGAGAUUGUGGCUGUUGUUUGUUUUGAUUUU